GGAGGAAACACUAUUUAAACUAACAAACAGUGAUUUUAGUUAUUAAUUGAAGCACGUAGAAAAUCUUUAACGAUUUAAGUAAUCUGGCGAAGCGAGUAAAUGUCAUAAGAUACACUACAAUCCGUACUUUUAGGUCGACGACAUUAAGGAAAAUAAUGCGGAAUUUAUAUGGGGCGUGUUUGUAUUUUUUACUCCACUGUUCAGCAGUUUGGAAAUGCCACUGUAUUGAAUUCGGUUGAUGAUGUGUGGAUUUAUGCUGUAGUUUGAGAUAGAGGCAACCGGGAAGUACUGAAUCAAAUAUCUUAAUUUUCAACUCUUCGUAUAUUUUAAAGAAAUGCGAAAUUCCAGAGAAAAUUUGCAACAUGUGAGGACGAGUGUUCAGAACUCAAGAACAUUGCAACCUCAAGAUCAGUUUUCACUGUGUUCUACAUAUGACAGUUGUGAAUCAACAAUGACAGUGUCAACCAGUGCUUCACAUCCAUCAGGUUCUCAUAUUCCAAAUUCUAGUGGCCAUUAUUAUUACCGUGGUGGGACACAGCCUUCUCCAGUUUUUAAUUCUGUUAUAUCAAACCAAAGCCAGAAUUUGUAUAAUGGCAUGUUUGCUCCACAAACAAACUUUUCGAAUCAAAGUGCUUUUGGAUUCAACAGUUAUGGAAUUGUUGAUCCUCCACCGUGGGUAUUUGAAAGUAGAGUUUCUUCAUCUGGUGGUUCACAGACUGAAGCAACAAAUAAAAACAUAUACAGUGAAAAGAGUAUUAGUUGCCACUCACAAGGUGUAUCUCAUACAUGUUGUGCAACUCGUGUCCUUGAAAACACUGGGCUUUGCUCACCUCUUCCUGCUGAUCCAUUCAAAAUGCUGACGAAGGACUUACUAAGCUGCUCUUCAAAAAAUAUUACAAGUGUUGACACACAUUCAUGGUUUUGUAGCCCAGGUUUGGGAACUCCUUUAGGCCAGCAAACUCAUAAUGAACAUAACAGCUUAAAAUGCACUGAACAGUUUCCUUCGUGCUCAUUGCCCCAAGUCAGUGCUACCUCACAUGAACAUUCAGAUUUGAAAGGAUCUGUCAGCAGUCAUUUAGCUGGCAAUUAUUUUAAUUCUAUGAAUCAGACCUCAUCAAAUAAGCACUCUCCAUGCACAUCAGAAGCUAGUAGACUAAAUUCUGAGGUAAUUAAAGAGCAGACUGGAAAGUACUACAACUUACAAAAAGUGCACCAACAUAGUGUAAAUGCUUCAGAGAACCUGCUACAGAAAUCAAAUUUGGAAGAACAACCAUCCAUCUUCAGCACUCCUUUGGAAGAUGUACUGUGCUCAAAUGUGCCAUUUUCAAUUCAUUUUAAUAAUGAAGUCAGUCAGAACAAAACUAGCUCUUCUUUAAUACCAAUCAAAGAUCAUUCUCACGGUAAUAACACUUUCGAAGAUAUUAGCAAGACAUUUUCUACAUCACAUGAUCAGAUUUCAUUGGUACAACAAUCAUAUCAAAAUCAGAGAUACAGUACAGAACCUUCCAUUCAGUGUGACGCAAUAAAUGCUUGUUUAUCAUCAGAGACAAAAAUUGGAGGAGAAUGUCCUGCCAACAGCACUUUGGGCAGUAGCAGUUGCUGUCAACUGCAAGAGGCGUUAAAUGCAUUUGGUUCUCAUCACGUUGCACAGAGGCAUAAUACAACCUGCUUUCACAGUUGUCCAUUGGAUGUGUGUCUAAAUGCAACUGCAACCCAAAGUGAAGAAGUAGAUGAUGACGAUAAAGAAAACAGCAACCAGGGAUCAUCUUCAGCUGGUGGAGAAAGUGACAUAAUUGUUGAAGAGACUGGUGGUGAGGAAGAAGUUCCUGAGGGCGAAGUUACUGUUAAUGAAAUUGUAGGCCUGGAUAGAAAUACAUCAGAAAGGUGUUUCGUGUGUAGCGUAACAGCAAGUUCAAGCAUGUCCAGUGUGUGCCUUGUGCAAAUGAGCAGCAGUUCUCCACUUGUUUCUGUCAGCAACACCCCUGUUGCAAAGAAGCUGGAGCAAAUUGUAUCAUAUGGUGUACUGAAUCACAUAUCAACAUGCGACGUGUCCAUUUGCAGACGAUGUUUAAACCUUAUUGACACAAUAGACUGCCUUGAAGUGAAACUAGAUGCUGUUAAACAAGACCUGAAACAGUUGUUUGCAAAUAGGCCAGAAAUUUUGCCUUUAAAUGCAAAUGAUGAGUGGGUGAACAGUGGGAAAGGUGGUAAUAUGGAAGUUAAGAGUUCUGAGCUCUCCGAGGAUGUAAAUAAUGAAAGUGAUAAAUCAGCGGUUGAUGUUAUUUCUGAUAUUACUAACAAAGUUCCUGAGACAAAAUGCAUCGAAGCACCCAGUUUGAUAGUAGAGGAGGAAACUGUAAUUAAGGUCCAUGAGGUUUCAAGUGAAAAUAGUCUGUCUUCAAAAGUGAAAGCAAUUGAAAGUGAAAGUAAUCAAUCUUCAUGUGCUGCACAGUGUGAGAUUUCAAAUGAAAAUGGCAGUCAACAAAAUGAAACUGAAAGCAAAAAGUUUUGGUGUGCUCUAUGUGAUAAAUCAUUUUGUAGCAAAGAGUAUCUGAGCAGGCAUAAACAAAUGCAUACAAAACAGUACAGUUUUUACUGUGACCGUUGUGGUCGUGGAUUUUCAAUGCGACGACGUUUAGAAAAUCAUUUGUUGGUGCAUAGAGGUGAAUUCCGAUUUCAAUGUGAAAUUUGUGGGCGUGGUUUCAUCCAGCGGCACAGUCUUGAUGACCAUUUGAGGCGACAUCAGGGCAGAUUCAGACUCAGUUGUUCACAGUGUGGCCGUGGUUUUCUACAUAGAAAUUCUCUGAGAGUGCAUUUGCGCACACACACGGGUGAACGCCCUUUUAUUUGUGAACACUGUGGUCAUAGUUUUUCGUCUGUGUCCAACCUUCGAGCUCAUAGCAGUGUUUGCAAUGGGGACUUACAACAUUCAUGUGAAAAAUGUGACAAGAAGUUUGCUACAAAAUCUCUCUUACAAUCGCAUAUGCGCAUACAUGAAGGCCUUUUUCGCUUUAAUUGUGAUGUGUGUAAACGAGGCUUCAUGAAAGAAUUUGAUUACAAAGUACAUCUGCGAACACACUCUGGUGAAAAGCCUCACAAGUGCACAGUCUGUGGAAAAUUUUAUAGCAGUAUUGGAAAUCUAAACCAGCAUGCAAAAAAACAUUCAAAAGAUAAACCAUACAACUGCUCAAUGUGUAGUAAAGGGUUUUUGCGUAAAUCCAUGUUGACAGCCCAUAUAAAUGAACAUAUGGGAGAUCGCCCAUUUAAAUGUAGCCAUUGUGAUAAAUGUUUUGCCUCAGCUCGUAACUUACACACUCACGAGAAGUCUCAUGCAGAAAAUGGCAAGAAGUAUGUCACUUGCUCUGUAUGUGGAAAAUCUAUUAGUCAUAACAUGAAAGUUCACAUGCGGACACACACAGGGCAGAAACCGUACAAGUGUCAGCAAUGUGAUAUGGCAUUCACUGUGAAAAGUACGUUAGACAAACAUAAACGAACAAAGCACAAGACAGUGUGUGAAACACAGGAAAAUACUGAAAAGUAGUCGAACUUUAUCUUUUAUCUCCAGAUUUCCAGCUAUGGUGCUUUUGUUCAUUGUUAAAAAUAUGUUAAACAAAGAAGAGGUUAUAGUGCCUAUGGUGGCCUUAUAUAGUCCAUAGAUGGCUUUUGAUUGGUUGGUGAUUACAUAAUGCUGUUGCAGAUGGUGUCAACAUCUAUGCUGGUGGCACCACCAUUCCUGUAGUAGCAUAAACAUUGUGACAGAUAUCUCUGCCUGUUCUCUGCACAGAGAGCUCAUUUCCACGCACCACUAAGAUUAUAUCUGCUGUCACAUAUGAAGUUCAUGUCAGACAUUCUUAUUUCUACAGCCUGUUUAACUGCAGAAUCCCAGUAUGUAGGAGCCUGGAACAAAACUUUUGUUUCAUUUAACAGUAUUUUUGUUUGCUUGUGAAGCUGUGUUCAGCAACUGCAGAGUUCUCCAGUUCUCGAUUAGUAAUAUGCCACUGAUGCUCAGCAUGGCGGUUGGAAAUGGUGCAGAUCCACUGAUCGAUGUAGUUGCUACUGCACUUGCAAGGAAUGUCAUAAAUCCCAUUUUCAUUUUUUAGUCAGCCUGGAUGUGGUCUCACUAUUUACAAAAGUUCCUGUGGAGGACACAGUGAAACUUGUGGCAAAGCGUUUUCCUUGUGAAAGGAAGUUGUUCUGAUGUGUUAUAACAACCCCUGUGUCUUGUAAGGCAGUACAUUUUAUGAAAUGACAGACAAAAUGGCUAUGGAGUUUCCAUUGUCUCCAGCAGUGGCCAACUUUUUUAUGGAACAUUUUGAGGAGUGUGCAUUAAAUUUUGCUCCCUUUCGACCAUCUUCAUGCUAUCAUUAUGUUGACUACAUGUUUGUGGUCUGGCCACAAGGCAUAGAAGCUCUGCAGCACUUCCUUGAACCUAUGAACAGUAUCCACCCAAACAUCCUGUUCAUUGUUUAGACAGAGAUAGAAGGAAGACUGACAUUUUUAGAUGUGUUGCUACAACGAAAAUCAGAUGGACGUCAUGGCCACUCAGUGUAUGCAAGCCAAAGCACACUGAUUUAUAUCUUAGUGCCCAGAGUUUUCAUCAUCCAGUCCAGAACAGAGCAGAUUUGCAUACAUUGGUACACAGAGCAGAAACUGUUUUUGACAAGGACCACUUGUAUUCUGAAAUCAAUCAUCUGAAGAAUGUGUUCGAAAAGAACAACUCUGAUUUGUAUGAUAUGAAGUCAGCAUUCUCCAAGAAAAGGAAAUGUGAAAAUGUUGAACAUUCACAUGAUGAGGUACUGACUAUUCCUUCCAUUCUGUAUCCAGCAGGAAGGCUGAGUCCUGGGAAGACGAGAUAUAGGACCUAUUUUCUGACCUCCUAAGAUGGUAAAGAAGAUGCUACACCCUGUUAAGCACAGUCUCGGCCACAGAUCCCUGGGAUUUAUAAUAUACCUUGUGAGUGCAGUAGCAAUUACAUCGAUCAGUCCAUCCGGACCACUUCUGACCGCUAUGGAGAACGUCAAUGGCAUGUUAAAAAUCAAGAACUGGAGAAAUCUGCAUUUGCUGAGCACAGCUUCCCAAAAAAACAUAAAAUACUGUUUGACAAAAGUUUUGAUGUGGGCUCCUACAUACUGGGAUUCUGUAAUUAAAGCGGCUGUAGAAAUAAGAAUGUGUGAUAGGAACUUCAACUGUGAUAGUGGAUACAAUCUUAAGCGGUGCAUGGAAGUGAGCUGUCGAUGCAGAGAAGAGGCAGAAAUAGUCAUCGCAAUGUUUACACUACUAUGAGAGUGUGGGACCACAAGUGCAGACGUUGACACCAUCUGCAACAGCAUUACGUAAUUACCAACCAGUCAGAAGCUUUCUGUGGACUAUAUAAGGCUGCCACAGCUGCAAAUUUGACAGUCAAUUGCUCCUGACAAAGGUGAUGCAGGUAACUGUCCAAAGCUUAGGAUUUUUAAGAAGUCUGAGAAUGCUUUAUACAACAGUGGCAUUGCGAAAGACUUCAUUUUCAAGAGCUCAUAGUGGUGUGUAUGACAAUAAAUUACUUGCUGUGAAUGUAAAGACUACAUUUCAAUUGUUUCUGCAUAUCUGGAAUGCUAGUCAUUAAAUAUAUUUAUUUUGAGGACAUAUUUUUCUAUUUUUAUAUGUAUUUGUAUGUGAGAAGGAAAUUGUUAUAUACAUUAAAGUGAGUUACAAAGAGAGAUUUAUUUCCUUUUCAUUACUUUCAUCUUGAACAACACUGCCUGGAAAUGCACUGUAUGGAAAUGCAGAGCUGUAUCAUGGUUCAAAUUCCACAGUAAGCACCAGAUUUCCACAUCCAUGGCUAUGAGAGAUAGAUCAUACACAUGUGGGAAGAUGUUCUUUAAAGUUUGCGAGCUGUUUAGUUUACUUGCUAUGUAAAUUAAAUUUUUUCCUUUUCCUUUUUGCUUCUCACAAUGUGUGUUACAAAUAAAAUAAAAGUUAGUC